CGCCGCAGCCCUCGGCUUCCGCGCCUGGAAACCUCAGCGACCGCGCCGCUGCUCCCCGGCUCUGCGCCGCCGCCCCUCCCGCGAGGCCAGCGGGGAAGCGCAGCGGGGACUCGGGGCCUCCGGGAGGUGGUGGUGGUGGGGGAGAACCUGUGACCCCCCGCGCGGGAGCGGCGGGGCGGGGCGGGGCGGGGUGGGGUGGGGGACCGGGAGAAGAUGGCGACGUCGGGAAGCGAACCCCAAGCUUUCGCGCCCGCCCUCUCGGUGACCGCCCUGCACCCGCAUCUGCACCCGCACCACCAGCAUCACGGAGGAGGCGCGGGCGGCGCGGGCGGCUUCAACCUGCCCUUGAACCGCGGUCUGGAGCGCGCGCUGGAGGAGGCGGCCAACUCUGGGGGCUUGAACCUGAGCGCCAGGAAGCUGAAGGAGUUUCCCAGGACCGCAGCCCCGGGGCACGACCUCUCGGACACGGUUCAGGCAGAUCUAUCUAAAAACAGACUGGUGGAAGUGCCGAUGGAGCUGUGCCAUUUUGUGUCGCUGGAAAUUCUCAACCUGUAUCACAACUGCAUCAGAGUCAUUCCUGAGGCCAUUGUUAAUCUGCAGAUGCUGACCCACCUAAACUUGAGUCGAAAUCAGCUGUCUGCCCUGCCUGCCUGCCUGUGUGGCCUGCCUCUCAAAGUCUUAAUCGCAAGUAACAACAAGCUUGGAUCACUGCCUGAAGAGAUAGGUCAGCUCAAACAGUUAAUGGAGUUGGAUGUCAGCUGCAAUGAGAUCACUGCCUUGCCCCAGCAGAUAGGCCAGCUGAAGUCUCUACGAGAACUGAACGUCCGGCGAAAUUAUCUUAAGGUUUUACCACCAGAACUAGUAGAACUCCCCUUGGUAAAGUUUGACUUUUCCUGCAACAAAGUACUGGUGAUCCCCAUCUGCUUCAGAGAGAUGAAGCAGCUGCAAGUGCUCCUCCUGGAGAACAAUCCUCUGCAGUCCCCUCCGGCUCAGAUUUGCACAAAAGGAAAGGUGCACAUAUUUAAGUAUCUGAGCAUACAGGCGUGCCAGAUGAAGACAACCGACUCCCUUUACCUCCACGCCAUUGAGAGGCCUCAUUUACACCAGCCUGUGGAAGACAGUAAGAAGGACUCUGAUUCAGGAGUUGGAAGUGACAAUGGCGAUAAGCGGUUAUCUGCCACGGAGCCCUCUGAUGAGGACACAGUUAGCCUCAAUGCGCCCAUGUCGAACAUCAUGGAGGAAGACCAGACCAUCAAGGAGGACGCAUGCCAUCAUCUCGCCCCUGCUAAAGGAGAAUUUCAGCCAAAGCCUUCCCUUUUGGGGGACAGCAACAACUCAGGACAAGAAAGAAACCAGUUCACUGAUGGGGCAGACACUCUCCACUCAGGAUUCAUGAACUGUAUUAAGGACCAGGCAGAAGACUGUGAAGAGCUAUUGCGGAUAGAAGAGGACGCACACUGGCCGAUGGGGGGACUUCUAAGUUCAUCCAAAGACCGGGAUUUGGAUAUAGCGAUGAUUGAGGAGCUGAGGGAGGCAGAAGACUUUCUUCAGGAUCCCAACGGUCUAAGCACUGAGAUUACAGAGAGAAGCAUUUUGAACCUGUACCCCAUGGGCUCAGCAGAAACCUUAGAAUUACCUGAUCCUGCUCUCAAUGGUCAGUUGCAGCUGGAGACCUCUCCAGAGGUGCGAAGUGAUCUGACAUUACAGAGUAAUGGAAGCCAGUAUUCUCCAAGUGAGAUGAGAGAGAACUCACCCUCAGUGUCUCCUACUGCAAACAUCACAGCUCCGUUCGGCCUGAAGCCUCGCUCAGGAAUGAGCAACUUGCCUUCUUUCGAAUCACAGCAAAGAAAAGUGGCAAAGGGAGCAUACCCAGCCCUCAUUCUCCCUCCUAUCUCCUUCAACAAACUUACACAGGCACAAACAUGGGACAACUCUAGCUACAGUGUUCCAUCCGAAGGAGACAGUGACAAUGUGUUUCUAAGACCUCAGAGAAAUUUGGAAUCUAUAGACCCACAGUUUACGAUUCGGAGGAAAAUGGAGCAGAUGAGAGAAGAGAAAGAGCUGGUGGAGCAGCUCCGCGAGAGCAUCGAGAUGAGGCUGAAGGUGACCCUGCAUGACGACCUGGGGGCGGCGCUCAUGGACGGUGUCGUGCUCUGCCACCUGGCCAACCACAUCCGUCCGCGAUCUGUCGCCAGCAUCCAUGUUCCCUCCCCUGCGGUUCCCAAACUCAGCAUGGCCAAGUGCAGAAGGAAUGUGGAAAACUUCUUGGAAGCGUGCAGAAAACUUGGCGUUCCCGAGGCCGACCUCUGCUCUCCGUAUGACAUCCUGCUGUUGGAUUUUCGUCACAUUCGAAAGACUGUUGACACUCUGCUGGCACUCGGGGAGAAACCCCCACAAUCAACUUCUGCCCUCCGCUCCAGGGACCUUAUAGGCUUCUGUCUUGUCCAUGUUCUCUUUAUAAUACUGGUCUAUAUCACUUACCACUGGAAUGCUCUGUCCGCGUAACCCCCGCAUGCGCAUCCAAAUGCUCUCUGCUCUGGCACCCUGGUCCAUCCCAGCUCCUUCCUCCAUUGGAGCCUUUGCCUUGCAAACUCCCAUCCCUGUCAUCUCUUCAGUAAGCUAUCAAGUUCUGAAGUUCAACAUUUACAAACCAGAUUUUUCCAGAAGCACAAACUCUGUAGAAUGCAGUUCUCAUUGGGUAAUUUCUUGUAUUUAACUGAAAAGCAACAGUGACAGCAAAGCCUGUCAGUCCAUACCUCAUGCUCCUUCAUGCACAAAGUGCCCUCAGCAAUGGUGCUGCGGGUCCUGAUCUCUCCCAUGAGCCUUUACUGCUCUGGGUAGGGGGUAAGGAGAACCAGGACAGGAACAGGCUGGAUUUAGCAUAUGGGAGUCUUGAUACUUGAUUCCUGUCCUAAUUCAGGACUGGGAAUUGAGCUGUAGGACUGGGAAUUGUUGCCUUGCAGAGACAAGAAGCCAGCAUUUGGGUCCAAUAUGAUUUAUACAAAUCUGUAAUGAUGCCAUUGUUGACCAAGCUGAGAAGUCUUAUCUGGAGAAUGACUGCUUUGCUGGCUGGUUAACUGGAGUCCUCCCUGUUUGCUGCAAGGGGGUUGUGGAGGGCACCCAGGAGGGUUGCCACCUUGGUCCCUGGGAGCAUGCCCUCUCAUAUGAGGAAGUGCCUUCCUGUUAGAGCGCCAUCUGGCGGAUCUGCUUUGCAGGGCUUUUCCUUUUUGUUAGGUCUGUUCUGAAGCCGAGAGAAGGGUUUUCUAGAAGGGAUUUCUAUUUUUGCAUAACGUGGUGGGUCAUUUUACUUUGUUGGUAUAUUGCAUAAUUGCAGAUCCGGAAUGUGAUGGAUUUGACUAUUCAAUUUUGAAUAAAUCUAUAGAGUCUUGGAACAUCCUUGGCACUGGGGCCUUGGGUUACCAUAGCAGCAGCCCAUAAUAAGAUUGCUCUUAUUUAGACGAAUGUUGUUUCUCCAUUUACUUGGAAUAUACAUUUGGCCUUUGAGUUCCAGUGAUGUUAACGAGCCAACUGUUUAUUUUUUAAGUCAGUUUUUAAAGGCUUACAUAGCAGCCUCUUACCUUUUGGAGCAAAGUGAUGAGCUUUUAAUUAAAGAAAAAAAAUUGUUACACUUUGCUGUAGGUGCAGAUCUUGCCGAUCCCUGGGAUGCUCUUUAGAAUAUGAGAAGUCCCUGCUGCAAGCUCCGGCCACCACCGGCUGCUUUGUUUCCUCUCCUUCUUGCCAAACACUGCUUCUUGGGUUGGGAAGAUGAUGGAGUUAAUGCCCUCAAGAUAAAUGUCUAGUUUGCUGAGACGCGGACAUUCCUCUGAUAUGGCUGCUAAAGAAGAGUAUCUUAUUUUUUUUUUGAACAUACUCAUGAGAACAGUGGAGAUGAGAUUCUGAAAAUCCCUCCAUACUUGAAAGGAUAUAUUUAUAAAGAUUCCUUGCUGCUAAAUCAGAUCUGAUUUUUUUCUUUAAAAAAGGAACCAUUCUUUGAGAUGUUAGACUGUGUGAGCCUUUUCCUCCCAGCUUUGUGUUGAUUGGUGAACACAGGGUACGUGUGUGUUGCUGGACAUGAGUUGUGUCUAAAUAACCACAGAUUUCCUGAAUUGCCUUUGGUGCUAUCUUGUAUUUCUCAAUCUGUAACAAUAAAAUCCCUUUGUACAGUGUCUGGUGAGCACCGUGAGCCGUAAGUUGCUUAAUAAACACAAUUUGGG